AUGUCUACUAGAGCUCCGUAUGCACUUCAUACUCGCCGCGGACAUGGGGCGGCACCCGCUGCGGCAGCUGCGCCCAUUCCCGCGAGGGCAACCCAUGAUGUUCCCCCUCAUCUCGAGGGCACUCCUCUGGGUUAUGCCACGGACGUGGAAGCAAGAGCCUCACGCUCCAAUUCCGAGGCUGGAGCACGUCGCUCGUAUAGUGAUGUGGUCACUUCUCGUCCUCCCUCACCUAUCCACUCUGGUAGAGUAGAGGAGACCCCCUUGCUGUCUGCGCCACCGUUGACUGGUGGUCCAGAGGUGGGAGAAAAUGUAGUUGAUCCGAAUACCACUGUUGAUCCUACCAACCAUGAACGUUCCUCAGAGUCUGAGUCGAGCGAUGAUGAGAACCCGAACCUGUGGAUUGAAGUUUCUGGGAAGAGGAAGAAGCGGAAGAGCAAAAAGUCCGCACAUAGGAAGCACUCACGUGGUUCUCGAACACAAGAUCACGAGCACCUCAACCACCGAUACAAGAAUAUCUGGCAGGACCUGCCAGCAGGUCGAUAUCGUUCCACCUCCUCGUCCUCUGAGUCGUCGUGGGGAGAAGGACCUUUGCACAGCAAGGGUAAGGCUGUAGACCCCCGAGAAUGGGGAGGAUUGCGGAUGGACUCCACAGAAAGGGAUCCAGCCCUCCAGCGUGCACUACUUGACUCCAUGCGCACCCCUCGUGGGCGAUCUGUGGUGAUUGUACCACAGCCAACUGCCUCAAACACCCAGUCGGCUAGUGCUCACCAAUCAGCCAAGAUGAGCAAGCAACGUGCGCCAUGGGCUUGGCGAAACCAUACCAAGAAGUCUGGUGGGCUUGGGAAGGGUCAGCUUCCAGCAGAAGCUUGCCCCGCUGCUCAAAUUCCAGCUCGCAGCUACCUGGGAGUCACUCUCAGUCGAGUCGAGAAAAUGGACGCUUGUAAACAGAAACAUAGAUGCAGUCCACCAUCAAGCAGUCCGUCCAGCGAUUCGAGCACCAACUCAGGUUCGUUGUUGGAGACGUCGAGUGGGUCAGAUACAGACUCCCCUUCUGGAGGUUCUUCCUCGUCAUCACCAUCGGAGGAUCCAAGCUCAUCGUCUGAAAGUGGAUCUUUGUCGAGUUCCAACUCGAACCGUCGACAACAUCGCAAACAUCGUGGACGACAUAAGCAUCGUUCUGCUCACCGUCAGCGUGGACAUCAACACUCUCGUCGAUCUCAUCAAUCUUGCCAGAAAAGGUCGCGCUCAUCUCGAGGCACAGCCAAGGCAUUUAAGCCCCAAAUGUAUGAUGGUACUCCAGAUAACAAUGCUUACCAACACUUUGUUCAGGAAAGCUCAGCUUAUCUUGAGGAUGCAGGCAUCGAGCCUGAGCGUUAUGCUUUCACACUAUCCUGUUAUAUGAAGGACAGGGCCUACGAUUUCUAUACACAGAAAGUUUCAAUGAAUGAAGAGGAGUGGAAACUCAAGGACUUCUAUGUCGAACUCUUCAACUUUUGCUUUCCAAUAAACUACCGUCUGGAGAUGCGUAAAAAGCUUGAUCAGACGAAGCAGUAUGGGAAAUCUGUUGUGGAGUUCACUCAUGAUCUCGAGGAACUCUUCAACACAAUUGGAGAAGUCGGCGAGCGUGAGCAAGUCUUGAAGCUCUGGUUUGGACUUCGGAAAGAUAUCCAAUCUGAACUCUGGAUGUCCGGCUUACAUCCUGACACAUCUUCAUGGGAUGAGGUUCGUGCCCGUGCUGAGGUUGUCGAGAUUGCCAUGAAUGUGUCCUCAACUACUCGCAAUCGAGGCCAGUCCAUGCCAACCAGCAGGCAGCACGAAAACCGUAAUUCAAGCCGAGUUACCUUUACUCCAAACUCAUCGCACUCAUCGAGGAGACCACACCACUCUUGUUGUGAUCACGGUCGAACAGACCGCUUUCCAAGGCAUCGAGCACCUCAGCCAGCCAAUCCUGGCAACAAUCAGGAUUACAGGUCCUCACAGAUUGCACUGAUGAACAACAGGGCCAUAUACCCAGGAGCUCAGUCGGGCUCUCGCCGUGAUCGUCCUCGAGACUGCCCUCGAGACCGCCACCAAGAUGGCAAGGCUACGAACCAGCUCUCUGAACGGGGGGUGGCUGAACGGAGGGCGGGAAACUGGUGUUUCCAGUGCAACGAGGUUGGCCAUUGGGAACGGAAUUGCCCUCAGGGCAAAACAGUUCAGUCGGGUAGUAAUCGCCCGCCGGGUGUUCCGAACUACAACAUAAAUGUUCAGGACACCGGGAAUGACUCGGAACAACCUGUCGAAGUACUAGAGAGCAUGCCUCUCGGGUACUUUGACUUUGAACCUGCCCGACCGUCUGCAGAACCAUGGGAGAUCUGGGAGGUGCCAGAGCCAGACUGGAUAAAUGGAGCACUGUCUGCUCCACGAUCACAGAUCAGAGAUGUUUAUGCCAUGGUGGCUGAAUAUGUGCUCGGACAAAUGCAACCCUACCCCGAGGACGACCGAUUCUGGUUCGUUGCGCUGCAGAUGGAUUUGGCACAGUGGUUUUCUGUGGCUCGGGUGGGACAUCCUGGUUGCGGAGAAUACCAAAUUGUGGACCAUCUAACCCAGUUCGAUGUAAAGAUCUUGAAGGAGUUACUUAAGCGCCUGUGA